GAGAAUUGUGCCCGGGUUUUAAUGUGUGAGAGGGGAAGGAGAAAACAGGCAGGGAUGGAGAGAAGAGAGGGAAUGAGAGAAAGAAGGUGAGAGAGACUGGGAAGGAUCCGGACAGGAGGUGACCGCCUGGUGUUGUAGGGUGAAAGUGUGUGUGCGUGAAUGCGUGCGUGUGUAUGUAUGUGUGUGUGUGAGACUGUGUUGCGCUUGUGGCGGAGAGACCGCAGAGAGAAAUCCACACAACUUCCAGCAUCCUCCCUGCGCCGCUGCGCCUCUGCGCCGCGCUGCGCCCCGCCGCUGCCGCCACCGCCGCGUCUUUUCCCCCAGUCUCUUCUACCGGGACUCAGGCGGCUUGGCGCGGUGAGAUGUGAAGAGGCUUGAAGUAUGGCAUGCGAGGAUGCUGUUCGCAAAGAAGAAGGAGAUGGUGACGGCGACGCGACCCGCGUUCAUUCGGACCCUGGUCUACUUUUUCUGUUUGAUGACUUGUGCGAAAACAAUCUCCGGACAAACAAGGAAGGAUGAGAGGAUUUACCCGGAGAAUUUUACUCGGAUUUUGGACCGACUUCUGGACGGCUACGACAACAGGCUGCGACCUGGAUUCGGAGGUCCUGUGACAGAGGUGAAGACUGACAUUUAUGUGACGAGUUUUGGGCCAGUCUCAGACGUUGAAAUGGAAUACACCAUGGACGUAUUCUUUCGGCAGACCUGGGUUGAUCGGAGAUUGAUGUACGAGGGCCCAGUGGAGAUACUGAGACUUAACAACCUGAUGGUGACCAAGGUCUGGACACCGGACACUUUUUUCAGGAACGGCAAGCGGUCAGUUGCCCACAACAUUACUGCGCCCAACAAGCUCUUCCGCAUCAUGAAGAACGGCACCAUCCUUUACACCAUGAGGUUGACCAUUAGCGCCGAGUGUCCCAUGAAGCUGGUGGAUUUCCCCAUGGACGGGCACGCCUGUCCCCUCAAGUUUGGAAGCUAUGCCUAUCCCAAAACGGAGAUGAUCUACACUUGGACCAAAGGGCCUCAGCAUUCGGUGGAGGUCCCUCCCGAGUCCUCCAGCCUCGUCCAGUAUGAUCUCAUCGGCCAGACGGUUUCCAGCGAGACCAUUAAAUCAAUCACAGGUGAAUAUGUGGUGAUGACUGUCUACUUCCACUUGAAGCGGAAGAUGGGCUACUUCAUGAUUCAGACGUACAUCCCCUGCAUAAUGACAGUGGUCCUCUCUCAAGUGUCCUUCUGGAUAAACAAGGAGUCGGUCCCGGCGCGGACCGUUUUUGGCAUCACCACUGUCCUGACCAUGACGACGCUCAGCAUCAGCGCCCGCCACUCUCUCCCCAAGGUCUCAUAUGCAACUGCCAUGGACUGGUUCAUUGCCGUCUGCUUCGCCUUCGUCUUCUCUGCCCUCAUCGAGUUCGCUGCCGUCAACUAUUUCACCAACGCACAGAUUGAGAGGGCCAAGAGGAAGCCAGGCAAGUGUCCCCCAGUGCCCCAAAGCACGCCUGUCAAGGUGAAGGACACAGAAGAAGUGCAGCAGCAAGUUCCCGACACCAACGGCUCCCUGAGGAAGCGGAUGAAUUACGUCUCUCACCAAGACCCGGCGGGCCAGCCGAGGGCCCAGUCCACCACCAACAUCUCAGGGCUGGGAAGAGGAAGGCAGCUGAGAGCUCUGGCCGGCGGCACCAACGGCAGCUCCUCCACCCUCUCCCGCUCCAGCCCCAAGUCCGAGAGCCUGCUGAGCGUGGCCUCGUCCUCGGCGCAGCUGGUGAAGGGCACGCCUCAGCCCGCGACGUCCACCCCGGACGUGAUGGCGGGGACGCCGGGCAGGCGGGACGCCGGCCCCGCGUCUCUGCAGCACCUGCUUGGGCCCAAGCUGGAGCGCAUCCAGAUGAUGGGCAACAAGCUGGAGCCGAAGCAGACGCCGUGCUCACAGCCGACCGCCGCCGGCAUGGGCGGGAUCAGCAAAAUUGACAAAUACGCCCGGAUCCUGUUCCCGGUGUCCUUUGGGGCGUUCAAUAUGGUCUACUGGGUUGUCUACCUGUCGAAAGACACAGUGGUGGCCAAAGGGGGAUAAAUCUCGCUCUGGCGUUGAGGUUCAUCGUGAUUUCCUCUGGCGUGGAUACAACAACAACAACAACACACUGCUGGUUUUUACCAGACAGUUCAAUGUGCUCGUCCGUCUACAGUGGAUCCCGGAGAACGCGUUUGCGAGGCAUUUGCUGAAGGACCACAAGCUCGGAAACAAAUCGUUAUAAUUAGAACGAACUCGGCGUGAGAAAGAACAUGCGCACACUGGAGCGCUCCACUGGCCUCUUUCUACUUCACAUUGCCUCAUCUGAUUGUAAAGGUCUCCAACCGCCUGGUGAUCCAUUCGGCCUGGAGAAAGCGUGGUGAUUUGUCCUUUUCCUAUUUUGUACCCUGUACCUUUCGGGAUGCUUGGAUAUGUCAUCAAUCGGAACUGAACCUUUCCCACAAUGUAAAAAAAAAAAAAAAGUAUAUAUAUAUAAAUAUUUAUUUAUUAGGCUAAACAGAUUUAUAUUUAAUGUACAAACCUGAUGCACUGUUGUGCCAGUAGAUUUAAGGAUUAAAUCAAUCGGAGAGCACAAAGAGAUCCGCGUUGGUCUUAAAUGCUCCCUGGAAAAAACAAGUGUCGAGCUAAAAAGAAGAAAUUUGAUGAGAAAGUCCUCAAACCGAGGCUUAGAGGAGCGCCGGUCACGAAUGGGUGAGCGGCGAAAGCUUCUUGCGCCGAACCUCCGUGUGGAGUAUCUGUGUUGCACAAGAUGGAUUAAGCAAUACGGAGAGAAAAAAAAAA